GACGAGAAUGCGGUAGUCACCCUACCUCUGGCUCCAACAAAGGGCCUCUCAACCGCCUUCUUCACUCAGAUGCCUUUUGCUCUGCCCGCGUACCCCACCGCCAAUACCUUUGAGUAUCCCUCCUUCAUUGAGAGCCGUCAUUCACUGUCAGCAGCAGCAGCAGUGGCACCGUUACAAACUGCCUUUGGUGGUGGUCGGCGUUUCUCGCCCAUAAUUGGCCGACGCUCGAAGCUGCUGUCCCCUCUGAUAGAACCCUAUCCCGAGGCGCGAACCGCCGACGGACAGGUCUUGACCCGUUAUGGCUGCCGCCGA